UCAUUUUCAUCCAUGCAUGGUGGGACCAGAUCACCAGAGUUUUGGGGAGUUCAUCAUCGGCGAGUUGACAAUGCCCUCGGUGCUCGGGGUGGAGGAUGCAUGGGUUCUUUGGGUCACAGGCAAAAGACUUGCGAGACUUGGGCUGCCAAAAAUAAAUUGACGCUAUCGAUUGCUAUAUAUAUAUAUCCUGCAGCGCUCAAAACAUCUGCCUAGCAUUGCCAUCACGCUCAGAUAACCAACCAACCAUGGUCAACUUCUCCGAUCACCGCAUCCACAUCCUCGUCCUGCCGUACCCGUCCCAGGGCCACAUCAACCCGCUCUUCCAGUUCGCCAAUCUCCUCGCCGGCCACGGCGGCGUCCGGUGCACCCUUGCGCUGACCCGCUUCGUCGCCACCUCGGCGAGCAGGCCGGCCACCGGCUCCGUCCACGUCGCCGUCAUCUCCGACGGCUGCGACGACGUGGGCCCCGACGGCGUCGGAGGGCACCGGGGCCCCUACUUCGACCGGCUAAACGCCGCCGGGCCCGAGUCCGUGGACCGGCUCCUCCGGGCGGAGGCGGAGCUGGGGCGGCCGGUGCACGUCGUGGUGUACGACGCGUUCCUCCCGUGGGCGCAGGGCGUCACGAGGCGCCGCGGCGCGGCUUGCGCCGCGUUCCUCACGCAGGCGUGCGCCGUCGACGUGCUGUACACGCACCUGCGCGCCGGCAGGAUCCCGGCGCCGCCGGUGCGGGAGGAGGAGUUGCCGCCGGAGCUGCCCGGGCUGCCGUCCCGACUCGAGCUGACCGACCUGCCGACGUUCAUGGUCGACAAGAACCGUCCCCCGGGUCUCCUGGAGUUGCUGAUGAACCAGUUCCUGGGGCUGCACACCGUGGACCAGGUUCUUGUCAAUUCGUUCUACGACUUGGAGCCACAGGAAGCGGAUUACGUGGCGUCUACGUGGGGUGCCAAGACGGUUGGCCCAACCAUGCCAUCCGUGUACCUUGACAACCGCCUUCCAAACGAUGCAUCCUGUGGCAUCCAUCUCCACACCCCAAAGACGUCACAAAGCAAGGCGUGGCUGGACGCCCACCCCUCGCUCUCCGUCGUGUACGUCUCCUUCGGCAGCAUAGCCUCCCUGAGCUCCAAACAGAUGGCCGAAAUAGCCGAAGGCCUCCGCAACAGUGGCAAGCCCUUCCUGUGGGUCGUUCGGGCCAAGGAGACUUGGAAGCUACCCGCAACCUUCGCCGACGAGGUAAAAGAUAGGGGUCUCAUCGUUCCAUGGUGCUCGCAGCUGGAGGUUCUAGCGCACCCGUCCAUCGGGUGCUUCGUGACGCACUGCGGGUGGAACUCGACAUUGGAGGCGAUCAGCGCUGGUGUGCCCAUGGUGGCGAUCCCGCACUGGUCAGACCAGCCGACGAACGCCAAGUAUGUCCAGGAUGUUUGGCGUGUCGGCGUACGGGUGCGUCCAGAUUCCCAAGGGGUGAUGAGGAGGGAGGAGGUCGAGAUGUGUGUUCGGCAGGUGAUGGAAGGAGAGAUGCGCAAGGAGUUCAAAAAGAGGGCUUUGGAGUGGAGCAACAAGGCCAAGAAGGCCAUGGGUAAAGGUGGCAGCUCAGACAUCAACAUCUCAGAUUUCCUCUCCAAGUUUGGGCACCACAAAUAAUCAGCUCUGAUAAUGCGGCGUUUCAUAUCAUCAUAUGUAUGUUUCCUUCAAAAUGGGUGUGACUUGUAACAACCUUGAGUGAUAAGAAAAUGCAUUUAGUUUGCAUGCUGUAAAGUGAUUCUAUAUCAUAAUCUUAAAAAAUAUGCUUCUGAAAUAUGGAAACAUGGAGUUACGGUCAAUUAUU